GGCGCUGCACAAGCCAUGCAUGACAUGAGCGCAUGUGAAAGUCAGAUAAACGCCGCUUUUUUAAAAACCUUACUUUUGAAACUCAACAAUAGUUUGCUAUUUUGUGUGCAUCUAACUUUGUUAAGAACAUCCUUUCCGAAAUCAUAUUAGAGAACAUUAACGUUCAAAUGUUCUCUUGAUGAUAGACAGACUAGAUAGCCAGAACUGUACAGUACUGGAUUUAUUUUUUCUUCGCUUUUUAAGAUGAUCCCUUCAACAUUUGGCCAGCUGUUAGCUAAAGUGAGAAAGUUGAGGACCCACCUGCUAUUUUCUCAGUUUGGUUCUUCAUACUUCACUACAGCAUGGCUAUCAAAUCAAAUCUCUAAACCUCGCGAGAGAAACAUUCUCCUGAUGGGUCCUCCAGGAGCAGGGAAAACCUGUGUUGGACGGAUUGUGGGACGGAGACUAGGGAUGCCUGUUAUUGAUAUAGAUGACGAUGUUCUCGAAAGGACAUGGGGAAUGAGUGUGGCAGACAAGCUAGCAGAGAUCGGCGGAGAUGGAUUCAUUGAAGAAGAAGGAAAAGCGGUAUGUAACUUCACUGCUACAGGAAGUGUUGUCUCACUAACCGGCUCCAAUCCACUGCAUCCAGAUUCCAUGCAGCAUUUGAAGCGAUCUGGACUGGUCUUUUAUCUGGAUGUGGACACAGAAGAUAUCAUGCAGAGACUCUCUCGAAUGAAGGUGAAUAGGAUCGUGGGUCAGGAUGCUGGCGUUUCUAUGAGAGAGAUUUUGAAGUACAGGAAACAGUUUUAUGAAAAAUGGCUGGAUGCACGAGUCCUUUGUGGUACCGGAGUCUCCGUGGAGGAUGUGGCUGAUAAAGUCCUGAGGACUCUGGGUAGAUAUGAGGAUUCAGAAUCAGAGAUGUACAUUUCAACAAGGAGCCAAAUGUCAAGUGACUCCAAGUUCUUCAGUGAUGUUGUCAUAGAGGGUCUUGCCCCAGAUGGAGGGCUUUAUGUACCAAAGAAAGGAUUCCCCAAACUGGAACCUUCUGAAUGGUUGAGAAUAUCCAGCAUGCCAUAUGCGAUGAGAGCUGUGGCCAUACUGGAAAACUGUAUCCAUCCUACGGAUGUGUCACCUGUAGAAUUGAGCACAAUGGUGCAUCGCGCUUAUGGCCAGAACUUCGCCAAUCAGUUGGUUGUUCCUCUAAAGCACCUCACUGAUGAUCAGUACAUCCUAGAACUCUUUCACGGUCCCACUGCUUCUUUUAAAGACCUGGCACUGCAGUUAAUGCCUCAGCUGUUCGCCCACUGCCUUCCACAGAUGUGCAACUACCUGAUUCUAGUGGCCACAUCUGGAGAUACAGGAAGCGCGGUGCUAAACGGUUUUCAGAAUCUUAAAGACAGUGACCGUAGGAGGAUCGGCGUGCUUGUAUUCUUCCCUGAGAAAGGAGUGAGUCAGAUUCAGAAGCUACAAAUGACAGGAUUUCAGGAGGGCAAUGCCAAGUCCAUUAGUGUCCUGUCCGACUUUGACUUCUGCCAGAGGAGCAUUAAACAAAUGUUUGGGGACUCAAACUUGAUCGGACAUUUAGCUGUGGAAUAUGCCACGGUUCUUAGCACUGCAAACUCGAUAAACUGGGCUCGACUGCUUCCUCAGGUGGUGUAUCACUGCUCAGCAUACUUGGACCUGCUCAGAAAUCACACGUUGACGUUUGGAGACCCCAUUGAUGUGUGCAUCCCUACUGGAAACUUUGGCAACGCCAUGUCAGCACUGUACGCCAAACAAAUGGGAAUCCCCAUACGGAAGGUGAUCUGUGCGUCCAAUCACAACUGCGUCAUAUCCGACUUCAUCGCCAGUGGAGCGUAUGAUCUCCGCAAGAGGAAGCUGCUGGUUUCAAACUCUCCUGCCAUUGAUAUCCUGAAAUCCUCAAACCUUGAGAGGUUCAUCCAUCACGCAUCUGGCGGGGAUGGGAAUCUGGUCAGAGAUCUGUUUCUGGAUCUGGAAAGAGAUAGUUUCUUUAAAGUAUCAGAGACUUUGCGUCAGAAGAUAAAUCUGGAAGUUCAAGCCGGUUGGUGCUCAGAAGAUGAUUGUUUGAGGGCCAUACAUGAGGUGCACGCAACUAGAGGCUACAUAAUGGACACUCACACAGCGGUUGGUAAAGUUGUCGCCGAUCGUAUACAUGACAAAACCUGCCCGCUUGUGAUAUGCUCCACUGCACACCAUGGGAAGUUUGCUCCGGCUGUUUUAAAAGCCCUUCAGUGUCAAAAUAUCCCACAAGACCCUGUUGAGCAAUUGGAUAAACUCUGCACCAUUGGAGGCCGAGAGCAGAUGCAUGAAGCUCUGAUGAGGAGCAUGAAAGACAGCAGAGAUGAUCCACAUGUAGUAUGUGAGGCUGACUUCAGUAAGCUUGUAGAUGAAGUAGAGACUAUGAUACACGACUCAUUUCUGAGAGUGCAGUGACCUGAACUAGCUGCUAAUGUCCAGUAGAUGGCGACAUCUGUCAAGAAACCCUAAACAUUAUGCCUCAUGAAUCACAUUUAGUCAAUUUGAACGCAAGGUGGCAGUAAUGUAUUGUAAUCUUUCAAAUGUUUUAUUUUAUACUGAUACACACAAUUACUGUAACAGCCUAGAGUUACACAGCGAAAUAUCACUUGGUGGAAUAAUUAAUUUGAAUAAAUAUAGCAAUUUAUUAAUUAUUGCUUAUAUAGUAUUGCUGUUGUUGCUAAGUAUUGGGUAUUUAAAGGUUUAAAUACAAAUUAUUAAAACCCACAAGGAAAAAUCCUGUUACAAGUACAGUUCAUAUUUGAAGAAUAAUUGUCAUUAUUUACUCACCUUUGUGUUAUUCAAACCUGUAUGACAUUUCUUUGUCAAACACAAAUUUUGAGCCAUCUGUUUUUUUUCUUCAAUAAAAUGCAGUCAUCUGUUUGCUUAACAUUCUUCACAAUAUCUUCUCUUAUGUUGCACUUAAGUAAGCCAUAAAGGGUUGAAAGGACAUAAUGAGUAAAUGAUGCUAGAAUUUUCUUUUCUUUUUCUUUAAGGUGAUCUAUCCCUUUAAGUUUUAAAACAUAUAAUUUAUGUACAUUGAAGAAGCUGACAGAUGCAGUGAUGAAUCGAGAAAAGGCAAAAAUGAAGAUAUGCUGAUUAUGAUUUAUUUAAACCAUUUAUGACCUUUCCCGGAUAGAACAAAACACCUUCUAAGAUGUUUACAUAACCUUAGAGGUCGUCAUCUUAAGGUCAAGCAUGUAAAUGCAAUCGUUUACUUAAUUCACAAGAAAGCGGCACAUCGACAUUGAAGGCUUUCAGUUUAUUUUGG